AUGUCUGCCUCGUCGCCAUUGCCCUAUUCGACAUGUUCGCCUGCGUCAUCACGCGCCACGCAUCGCAGACGCUCGACUUUCAGCGGGCAGUUGGCUUUUCUCGUGCAUUCGCAACAGAGCGUCGCCAACCACAUGCCCCCAGAUGUCGACAAUAAAGCGCUUGCUCGCCAGAAAAGAAGACGCACCAGCAAGGAAGACGAAGAUAUCCUCAAGGCAGAAUAUCUCAAGAACCCAAAGCCAGACAAGACGGCCCGCCUGCAAAUCGUCCCCAAGGUUGCGCUUGGCGAGAAAGAAGUGCAGAUCUGGUUUCAAAACAAACGCCAAAACGACCGCCGCCGUUCGCGACCACUAGAGCCAUCCUCCUCAACAGCUUCGUUGAUGUCUUCGUCAUCCACCAUGUCCGACCCGCCGACCGAGGACGAGACGAUAGCGCGUGAUAUCGAUAACAUCCCGCACCAGCACGAGCCAGAAGUGUGCCCGAAGUCCGACCCACCAGAGCGAGCCCUGACUCCCGAGCUCACCUCGGAUGAAACCAUUCCUGACUUGCAUACCGACGAGGCCACUGAACCCGUGAGGACGGAAUCGAAAACCACGCCCAAGCCAGCCCUUCAUUCCGAAACGGAGCCACAGACUGUCGAGACUGACGCCACGCACCCCAGUAAUCCUCAACAGCCUGCACCAUCAUCGCAAGGCGCAUCACAAGCCCCUACAUCAUGGAUCUCCAAUCGUCGCAGUGCCUCGUUCGUUCGGUACAGCGAGGACUAUACUGCUGAAGUCAUAACAUUCCCUAACGCGCCCGCUAAGCCAACCGAGUCAUCGCCACCAAGAGCUAGUGCUGCUACACGCUCGCUCAAGCGUAAACAUUCAUUCGUGCGCUUAUCUACGAAUGAAGAUGGAACCGCACGCAUCGUCACAGACCUCGACAAGACGCCUUCACCACCUCACAUCAAGACCACCCCUACUUCCUUCGCCCGUGCUACCGCUGGCGUACGACGAAGCUACAGCGCAGCAGGCCUCAACGAGCGACUAGCAGCUGCUGCGCGUGGGGAGCCGAGCCCGAAAAUUCCACGAACCUCCUCAAGCAUAGGAAGAAGUCGCGACUCUCGCGCAUGGGAGUUUUGGUGCGACCCAGACAGUCGAUCCACCACAAGCCUCACAACCCGAGCGGAGCAGGAGGGAAGCGGAAGUGCAGCGGACGCAAUUGGCAUACUCAGGGCAAAUCGCAAAAUACUAGCCCAAAAUCACGCUCGCCAAAACACACCUCUACGGUCACGAUCGAAUCAAGUACUCGGCAGCCUUGGUAGUCCAGGUGUGAAGAAAUCGCGAGGCCCCAUGCAACGUGCCUCUACCAUCAACGGUCGCUUCUCAACCAAAGAAUACAAGCAGAGUGGCGACACGACCGAGUCAGAAGAGUUGCCUGAGACAACAUCCGACAAGGAGAACUGGGAGCCAGACGUGCCAAAGUCGGUACGCCGAGAUCGUCAGGUCGCCGCCACACCCCCUGCGUCCCGCGCAGCACGUAAGAUACUAGGCGAGAACAACGAAGUCCUAUCGCAAGCAUCGAGUUUAGGUGCUAUGCUAGCACGAGAGAAGAGAAAAGGCGGGAAAGUCGUUUUGGAUCCUGAAGAGGACGAGGAGCUGAGGCUGUUCAUGGCUGGUGAAGGAAGCGGGCGUACGAGUCUCAGUUCAGCGGAGGAGGCGGGGUGUGUGGAGGGCUUGUUGAAGCUCAGUCAAGGCCAGUGGAGAUGA